CUGCUCGAUAACAAACAACGACACCACCGAAAGGGAGCAGACGACUUGAUUAUCAUAUACAGCUAUCCAUUGGGCUCCUGGUGAGAGGUACAGCUUGAAACCGUAGAGAUGAAUAAUGUUGACCGUGGAUUAGUUACCAUGUUAACUCUGAGCAUCAUCAUAGCUGGAUUUGUACUGGAAAACAAGUUAUUACUGAUGCACCAUGAUCUCUUAUCUAUGCACAGCUCUACGCCAGAGCCAUCGAGUUCCAAAUACAAAGAUUCAGCGCGGUUGCAACGGGUUGAAAAGGCAAUCAAUGCUAUUCUUACUCAACGGAACUGUCCGUCAUUUGUAAACUUGACAAAUGUAGCGAAUGCUUUGGUCAAAAAAUUAUCUAGUUUGUCUGAUACAUCAUCAGGGAGAACUAUUUGUGAUGUACCUAAUGAUAAAAUUCAAAUUAUUAAUGAGAACCUGGAUGACUCCAAGAAUCAAGGUGCGCACAGUUCGGAGACACUCGAUGAUUGGACAGUGAUACCGUGGUUAUGUUGGAUAGGAGUGUGGAUUUAUCGUCUAGCCUUGGCAUUGGGUUUAGGGCGUUUUGGAUUUAACGCAUUACCAUCAGCCUUCAAAACUAAAGAUGGUAAAGGCUUUUGUCAAUUAACGGUAUUCAUAGUUGUAUCAUGUGUUGGGUAUUUCCCUAACGUGCUGAUGGACGUGUGCGGUACACACUGCACGGCUUGGUACUUUCCACUGUGUAUCGGCAUAUCCCGUCUGUUAUGGAUGAUGGCCGUCUGCUUUGUAAACACUAAUAUUAACAAGGAUGCAUUUGAUACGGUCGAGUAUGUGAUUGUAUCUAUUGUGAGUAUAUUUGUGAUGUACAAUGGUGUUCAUCCAAUGAUGAUUAUGACUUGACGAAUCUUGCUCAUACAUCCCGUGCGUUGAUACAUGUGAUCUCUCGAUGAUAUUUUGUUGUAAACUGUUAAAUCCAUUAGUGUUGUGAAUUCGUCUCCUUUAGUUAAGAGUAUGUAUUUUUUGAAAGCAAAUAUUAUUAUAUUUUCGAUAACACGGAGUCACAUUUUACACACCAACAUCUCCUAGACCUGUUAUUAUCGUCAGCUGUGAUGCUGACCAAGGAGAGGGGAUACAGUAAGCGGGAGUGGUGUUCCAACUAUGCAUCAAUGUAUGAGGCAAGAGUCUUGUAUCAGUUACUGUCGGCAUAGCAUCGUCUAUUUUGAUGAGCGGAAGAUUAUCUAUUUUUAAAUAUUGUAGCGGGAAUAGGAUUUUGUCACUGUCCUUCAUUAAAAGUUAUGCAUUUUGCGUAAUGUAAAUGUAUAAGCAUACCUUGUGUAUAUAUGUGACGGUUGGUCUUCAUUUAAGCGUUGAUAUUCUGCCAUACUGUACUGGUUUGUCUCGGAUGGAAUAACAUGUUGAUAAUUCUUAUGUUUUACCGGAUGUAGACGCACACCUGGCUCCGAUCAUAGAGCUGUGUCCAUUGGUUGAUAUGUUUACGAUAAGGGGUUUGAUUGGAUAGCUGUUAAAGUAUUGAAUUAAGUCAGGAUCAUGUAUAGCACGGGAUUCUGUUGGGUCUGUUGGGUAUACAUUCGGGUGGUCGUGUGGUCGUUAGUCUAUAAAAGCCAUUGGCUGGUAGGCUCACCUUUUUAUUCUUCUCUUCUAUCUAUCGUUUCCUCUCUACGCUAGGUGUAGGACGGUGACUGUGGAUUGGCGGCUUGUUAUUAUAUGUAGGCUAAGGCAGGUGGGGGAUGUGUCCAGUAAAUAUAGUGGUAGUUGUGACAAGAUAUUUUACGUGAUAUAUAUAUUGUACGUGUUCUAAUAUGUGCACCAUUGACAAUGUCCACUUUCGCUUGCUAUGUGUAAAUAAAUGUUGUCUGGUAUUUUAUCUCUGCCUCCUCGUCUCACGUUGAACACUGGUAAUAACAGGACGGAGCCGCGGGUACCCCCUCGAACACGGGUCGCUCCAUUGAGACACGACAUUACGAACUGUUACAAUAUGUUUGAAAACUGAAAUCACACACAGAACAAGAUAAUUAGUAGCAAGCUUUCUGUGAAGCUUUUGCAGGCUGAUUUAUAACUGAAGUAUAUAAAUGUAUAAAGAACUUAACUUUGAAGAGGAUAUUAACAUAUUCAUAUUAACAAUUUAUGAAAAGAAAUAGCAUCUCGUGCAGUAUACAACGAGGAGAACAUUACAUUAGAGUUAUUGGCACUGUUGAUAUAAUGAUCAUAUGGAAUCUGUAGGAUAUUUGUUCAGUCCCGGAUGUAGUGGUAGAAUUGUAAUAUUGUUUAUUCUGAAGGGUGACGUGAUCGUUGUCGAGGACACCAACAUUAUAACAUUUCUACCAAGCGCAUUGUUAGGUUUGAAGAACAUACAGGAACGUUGGAGAGAACCCAAUAUGUAUAUGGUAUCGCAAUAUCUAAUGUCCUAAAUUAAAUAGUAAAGAAUAGUUAGGUAUCUUCGUAACUUUGUAAAAAUCCCUUUUCGACAUUUUAUCGGGCUGGGUUACUUUCUUUGUAUAAAGUUAAGCCGUUUUGGUUGUACGUUUACAGAAGUAGAUGGAAACGCAGCUGAAAUUCACACUCAAAAGAUUGAAUCUUAUCUGUAAUAACCUUGGCCUUCUACCAACAACGAGGAGGAGAUAUGUCUAGUAUAGAUUAAUAUAGUUCUUACUAGGUAUGUACACUACAAUAAUAUAUGUGAUUUUGUUUAAUGUUAACAUAGAAAGUGGGAUUUUUGUUCGUGUGAGAAGCAUGAGGUUUAAUGAUGAUAUCUAAGAAGUACUAAGACUUUUAUAACGAUGUGCAUCUUUCUGUAAUAUCAUCCUAUUCAUCUCCAAACUGCUGUGAUAUUGUAACAGUUAUUGUCGGAGAAGAUGAACUUGUAUAAA